AGUCGCUGCUUUAUCGGAUUGUUGCUUGUCCAUUUGCACUGUGCAUGAAACGUCGCACUAUAAUCGAAUGCAAGCAAUAUCAUGUCGCUCGAUGCUUUUAUAAUUUUGCGCCGCUCGGUACCAUCAACUGUCAGUUUGUUAUCACGCAGAACAUGUGGGGGUUGCAAUAAUUAUAUAAGUAUGCAUGUGCACUGCACAAUGAAUAAAUUAAUAUCUUUCACUCGGCUAGCAGAUGUUAGGUCCGUUACAGAGUCAUGCAAGGUGCACACACACAUUUUGACCGUUCCUUAAGAAAUUUGCAAACGUUUCCUUAUCAGUGUUCCGCACAUCUGCACUAAAUUUCGCAUACAACAUAUGCACAAAACAGAUAUACUUUCUUUCAACUUCUUACCAUCUAUAUUCAUCAAGUUGAUAAUAUAUAAUGACGAAAAACUGCGUCCUUCUGUUAGUAUCAGUUUGAAACUCCAACGAUGUCAUCAGAUCAAUCCUCGCCUAUGGCAGCGCCAAACAACAGCGGAACCAAUGUAAGUUUAUUUUCCAUUUACUCAACUCACUUGAAAUACAUUCUUCUAAUCCAACAGUAGUUUUCUGUUUGUUGUCAGUUUUCUUCUCAUACAAACUAAUGUUAUCAGUCUUUUGAAUACUACUAAUGUGCUCCUAAAACUGAUUAGCUCACUCUUUAUUGUCUUUGUUGUUGUUGUUCACACUUCACUGUUAGUUUUUUCAACUGAAUACUUCUAAAUAAUGUUCUUCUAAUGUACCCUAAAACUGAUUAGCCCACUCUUUAUUGUUCUUCACACUUAACUGCUAAUUAAAACUGGAAUACUUAUCGCACACACUGCUAAUAGGUUAUGUCUUUAUCUUCUUCUUCUUCUUCUUCUUCUUCUUCUUCUUCACGACUUUUUUUAACAAAAUCACAAUUUGGCGAUGAUUGUAUGUGUAAAUCCCUCAAUUGGUAUUUAUUGAUCGAUGUGUCUGCCCACAUACGACAACCACUGCAAAUAAGACCAAAUCCAUUCGAAUUUGAAAAAUCAAUACCGUAAUAAAAUCCCUCACUUGCUAACUGUUUGAAAUUUUUCGGCAAACAUUCCAUUUUCAUAAAUGAAUUUUCACGUUCGUAUUGUUCAUUGUAGUCUGGGUUUUUCUGAAAAGUUGAAGUUGUACGAAUAUUACCAACAAGAUAAUUGUUUAUGAAGCCACACUUUGGCGACCAUUUUUUAUGUUCAAGAAUAGCAUAAUCACUCACUUCCCAAUUUUCCAAAACUACAUUGCAAAAAACACAUUUUGUUCUAUCGAAAACUUUUAAAAAGUAGAAGCCAGCCUCUGCUAAAUGAUUCGGUUUUGGAUAUUGAUGCGGCCAAAUAGUUUUAUUACCUUUAAAAAAUGAGUCAAGCCUAUCGAUUUCUUUAAAGUAAUUUACCGCUUUCUUCUCAUCACUAUCGUCACUGUUGAUGACGUCACUGUUGUUGUUGGAACAAUGAAUGCAACGCUUUCUUGCUCGCGGCAACAUUUUCAAUCACCAACUGAAAACAAAAAAAAAAAACUAUAUAUUUUUGCUUGAUUUACAGGACAUUUACACUAACGAGUUGUGGACCGAGGACGGGGCAAUGGCUAUGCUGGAGGCUGAACUAUUGCGAAGCGACACCGCACCUGCCAACCUGUUUGACGAAGAUGAAUCAUUAUUGGAUCUGUUGACCAGAGCUGAAAGACAACUAAAGCAGCAAAACCUCUGGCAGUAUCCACUUCAUCAAACGGGUCAGCAACAGGUUUCCAGCGCCGAUCAGCCUCCCCCUUCAUCGCCGCAUUGCCAGCAGCUUGUGGUAUACACGUCGCCACCACCCGCCACCCGAGCUGCUGCGAUGCCCCCCGCCUUCGCAUCACACCAACGGAUACCCCCCACAACAAGAAUCUCCCCCGCCGUCACAUCACAAGUCCGGAUACCCCCCGCCCCCACAACAAGAAUCUCACCCGCCUUCACAUCACGGAUACCCCCCGCCACCACCACCACAAUCCCCCCCGCCUUCACAUCACACCAGCAAGCUCAUCCUUAUAGUCGUCCACGCGCAAUCUUAGCAUCUAACUCUAUACGUCAUGAAUUCGAUUUCGAUGGGCUGAUAAGAUUUUCAGACCCAUCCCGACGUCGUACAAUUGCGUUAAAACAUUUAUCCGAUGCAUUUCAGUAUCCUGUUUUAGGUGCGCGUAUUGUGCGCUCCUUCAACAAGGAUGCUGUUAUCAUUAGGGUAGCAAAUGUAGGACGUCGGGGCAACGAAGAUGCCGAAAUUGAAACAUUCAUGCCGCAUAGAUUUACUGCUAAGAUUACGCGUGCGAAUGUACAGUCAUUUAAUUCAGGUUGCCACAAUUUAAUAAUGCAGGUUGUACACAGCGAAGGUCGUUCCUCUGAUAUAAGGCUGAAUCGACGGUCGCGACAGCGGCCGUAGAUUCAGCUGAUCAGAGGAACAUUUUUAAAUUAAUAAUAUUUAAAAUUUUAAAUUUUUUUUUUUUUUUUUUUUUUUUUUUAAAUUGUGGCAAUUUGAAUUAAAGGAUUAGGUUUCUUAUAAAUUUCUUUUUCUUAUAAUAAAUUAUAUAUAUAUGUUGAUUAUUGCACUUCAUUUAACUUACCUUGUGUGAUCAACAACUGUGCACAACUGAUGUACAAACAUUGUUCUGCAUGACUAUUUAUAGUCAAAGGUUGAUGACUCAUGGACAUGUUCAGACAUGUCUGGUCAUGCAUAGCUGCACACAUGCGUCAUGCGUUCAGUUGCAUGUCACUGCAAACUUAGUUUGCCGGCAGACACGAUGGGAGUCAAGUCAAUAGGACAAGAAAUGAAAAUAAUCAUACUAUUUGUUACAUUCAUAAUAUACACAAUUAGUAUGAUAUUACUCUUAUACUAUACACUGAGUACUUGUACAUUGCACAAUAUUAGAGUUGAAAAUGUGUUAAAUUUUUCAUCAUUAAACCAAACUGUAAAAGACAGCAGCAGCAGCAGUACUGCCAAUUUAAGCGUAAAAGCUUAUAAUAAAGCACAUAUAUUAUCUUAUAUAAAACUAUGUGUUCAAUCUCAAAUGAAUUAUAAAACAUCGAAAUUAUUUGAUGAUGGACUAGACAAAUGGUAUGCUUAUAUGAAUGAUCAACGUAAGGUUAUUUGUAAUUUUUUUAACAAUUAUACAGCAUUGAACAGUUGUAUAAACAUAAACCCAUCGUCUGGUGAUAGUAUUUCGAAUUUUCUACUAAUAACAACAUUACAACUUUGUAAUAUUUUUGAUAGUGAGCCGGAGCCGACAGCAGGUCUUAAGGGGAUUAACUAAUUUCUAUUUAGUCAGGUUUCAACAUUGCUAUUGAAAGGAUGGUAGCAAAAAAGACUUGUCGUCGUCGUCGACGAGUGCGACGUAAAAUUGGUACUGGUAUUUUAUCGAAACUUAGCGGAUUUGCAUCAACCGCCCUUAAUAAAAUUGUCGAUACAUUACCCCUAGAGUUGCAUAUCCCCUCCUACCGCUUUUGCGGACCCGGCACCAAAUUAGAUAAAAGAUUAAGGAGGGGGGAUAAAGGAAUAAAUAGUCUGGAUGAAGCAUGUAAAGAGCAUGAUAUAGCGUAUGCGCAGAAUAGUGAUAAUUCGUCGCGAAAUGUGGCCGAUCGUCGUUUGGCUGAUAAAGCAUGGUCUGUUUUUAAAAAUCCAAACACAGGUUUAACUGAAAAAGCAGCCGCAUACUUAGUUACAAAUUUGAUCAAAGCUAAAGCUGCCUUUGGCGGGGGUAGAGUACAACGGGGGCGGCGGCGGCGGAGAGAAGGUUGGAAAAAUAAUUCAUCACUACAAGAACAAAGAAGUGCACAUUUACGACAAAAAGCAAUUAAACAUUUAAGUAAGCACAUAGCUGGUCAAGGUUUUUAUUUAAGACCAUAUGCACCCUUGUAUAAAGGCGGUAGAAUC